UUUUCCCGUUUGAGUCCGCCCUCUCACUAGAGCUCGCGAUUUAAUACCCUGGCGUAUCUUUUGAGAUUGGAAUGCAUUUCUUAAAGUCUUACUACAAAUUAGAUUUUAAUUUUGGAGACUCGACUGCAUCGCCAUUUGUCAUGUAUGAGCGGUUUUGAUAAAGGUCUUGUUCUUUUAAAGAUGGUGUUAGUGAGAAGAGUGGUGUGAAAGAAUGGACGUCUUGAGAGGGAAAUGGAAGGAAAAAUGCAUUCUGAACGUUUGCGCUCUGCUCAUAUUGUGCUGGUCAGUAGACCCCUCCCCCUCGGCACCACCACUUCCUACGACCCAGGAGUUUCAAUGCCUUGAGGGGAGUCAUUACCGCACUGCUAACGGGACAUGCUGUCGAAAGUGCCAUGAAGGGUUUAAGCUGAAGGAGCACUGCACUAAGAACGGCGACAAUAGCCUAUGUGUCUCCUGUGAAGAGGGCAGGACGUACCGAGAGAAGAGUAACUAUGCCAAGACCUGCCUCCGUUGUACAGUCUGUGUUGACAAUGAGGAAAGGUUUUCACCGUGCAAGAAGAGUAAGAACACAGUGUGUCGCUGCAAAAAAGGCUUCUACCAAAGCAGAAUAAACUGGGGAACACGGGAGUGCCUCACUUGCAAGACAUGUGGACCUGGAGAGAGAGCAAUGCAACCAUGUAAGGAAGAGAGUGACACUGUGUGUGAAUGUAAGGACUUCUACUUCCGAGACAAGAAAAGCAACAAGACCUGUCUUUCAUGCAACAUUUGUGAGCUGACUGCUGACUGCCAGCAGGAGUGUUCUUCAGGCACACAUCCCACUCCCAAUGCCGAUGGCAAAUCUGAAGAUACUGGAUGGGGUGUUUGGUAUCCCUACCUGUUGGCUGCGUUCUGCUGUGUUUGUGUGUUAUUACUGGUGGUUGUGGGGAUCAUGGGCGUACUAGUGGUCCGACGGAAACCCAAGGGGUCUAACUCCUUUCCCUCUGCUGAGAUCACCUCUCAGGUCUCUGAGACGUCUACUCGGAGGCUGAUCCAAGAGGACCCAGAGAAUGUUCUCAACCAGUGUAUCCCUUCAUGUAGCCCAGUGUGUGAGUGUGAACAGGAGCUCCUCAGCAAGCUACCGGACUGUGUCCCCAAGGAGAUCAAGAUCUCUGAGUUGAUCUACUCGGUGUUGGACCAAGUCCCCCCGCGACAUAUGAAGGAGCUGGUGCGUUCGCUGGGUGUGAGUGACAUCGUUAUAGAGAGGGCUGAGAAUGACCACCUCCGUGACACUAAGGAAGCCCAGUACCAGAUGCUGAGGGUCUGGGCUAAGGGAAGUGCUCAGGGAGGGGGAGGGUGCUAGCACGCCCUCUACUGUACCACCUGCUGAAUAAGCUGAGAGACAUGGACCUGGGAGGGACUGCAGAGGAGCUGGAGACCAAGUAUGGAGAUCAGUAGAGGGAGAGAGAUGCAGACUGUAUAGACCAUGUAUGGAGAUCAGUAGAGGGAGAGAGAUGCAGACUGUAUAGACCAUGUAUGGAGAUCAGUAGAGGGAGAGAGAUGCAGACUGUAUAGACCAUGUAUGGAGAUCAGUAGAGGGAGAGAGAUGCAGACUGUAUAGACCAUGUAUGGAGAUCAGUAGAGGGAGAGAGAUGCAGACUGUAUAGACCAUGUAUGGAGAUCAGUAGAGGGAGAGAGAUGCAGACUGUAUAGACCAUGUUUGGAGAUCAGUAGAGGGAGAGAGAUGCAGACUGUAUAGACCAUGUUUGGAGAUCAGUAGAGGGAGAGAGAUGCAGACUGUAUAGACCAUGUAUGGAGAUCAGUAGAGGGAGAGAGAUGCAGACUGUAUAGACCAUGUAUGGAGAUCAGUAGAGGGAGAGAGAUGCAGACUGUAUAGACCAUGUAUGGAGAUCAGUAGAGAUCAGGAGA